AUGGCCGUGAACAACCUCCAGUUCCAACAAAGGACCGAUGCUAGCAUUCUGACCUUGAACACACAGAUGGGACAGCUUGCUACUCAAAUAAAUAACAUGCAAGCUCAAGGUUCGAACCAACAUCCAGCCCAGACAGUUGUCAAUCCGAAUGGUCCUAAUGCUAAUGUGAGCGUAAUUUCUUUGAGAUCCGGAAAAGUUACAGAACCGGCCCCUGAAAAAAAUAAAAAAAUCAUUGAGCAUACAGGUUUAAUCAUUCAAUUGGCAAACAUGAGCAACGCUCGACCCGCCGGGGUAGUCGAAGAUGUUCUUGUUCAAGCUGAUACAUUUCCUACAGGUGAAGUUGUUAUCAAUAAACCUGUUUUUGCAGUUGAUGCUCUUGACAUCCCGGCUGCCCCAAGCAUUCCAUCCACCGAGCAGCCCCCGUCCUUAGAGCUAAAAGAGCUCCCUGAGAACCUGAAAUAUGCUUACUUGGAGAGUAAUGAGAAACUCCCUGUUAUUAUCUCUUCUAACCUUGACUUCGAUCAAGAACACAAACUUUUGCAGGUUUUGAAGAAGCAUAAGAAGGCAAUCGGGUGGACAUUAGUCGACCUUCCAGGUAUUAGUCCAUUGAUAUGCAUGCACAGGAUUCUACUUGAGGAUGGAUCCAAAACAGUAAGGCAGACCCAAAGGAAGCUUAAUCCUUUGAUUCUUGAUGUUAUGAAGAAAGAGGUAACCAAACUCUUGCAAGCAGAUAUAAUUUAUCCUAUCUCUGACAGUAAGUGGGUAAGCCUAGUGCAGGUUGUACCUAAGAAAUCUGGACUUACAGUGGGAAUUGUUCUUGGUCACAUUAUUUCUGAAAAAGGAAUUUCUGUUGACCCUGCUAAGAUUGAUGUAAUUUCUACACUGCCUUACCCUUCUUGCAAUGGCGUCACUUUCAGCUUCGAUGACAAGUGCAAACAAGCGUUUGACUUCUUGAAGAAAGCAUUGACUUCCGCUCCCAUAAUCCAGCCCCCUGACUGGACCCUCCCGUUUGAGCUUAUGUGUGGUGCUUAUAAUUAUGUUGUUGGGGUUGUCCUUGCACAAAGAGUUGACAAGGCUGCCCAUGUUAUUUACUAUGCUUCUAGGACUUUAGAUUCUGCACAGUCAAAUUACACUACCACUGAAAAAGAACUGCUAGCUAUUAUUUUUGCUCUUGAUAAAUUCAGAUCUUAUUUGCUAGGUUCCAAGGUUGUUGUUUUUACUGACCAUGCAGCUUUAAAGUACUUGCUGAAGAAGCCGGAUGCAAAAGCGAUAUUGAUUCGGUGGAUGUUGUUGCUCCAAGAGUUUAAUGUUGAGAUUAAAGACAAAAGUGGAGCUGAGAACUUAGUGGCUGAUCACUUGAGUAGGAUAGAGAGAAAUGAAGAUCCUUUUCCUAUUCAGGAUGACUUUCCUGAUGAGCAGUUGUUUCUUUUGCAUGGGAUUACACCUUGGUUUGCUGACAUUGUUAAUUUUCUUGUUGCUGGUGUUUUUCCUACAGGUGCAUCGAGAUCACAGGUUCAUAAAGUCAAGAGUGAUGCCAAAUAUUAUGUUUGGGAUGAUCCAUAUCUAUGGAAGUUUGGCAGUGAUCAGGUAAUUAGGAGAUGUGUCCCCGACAAUGAGAUUGAAUCUAUUUUGAAUUUUUCUCAUGCAUCUCAAGUCGGCGGACACUUUGGUCCUCAAAGGACGGCAAGAAAGGUCCUUGAUUCAGGUUUCUAUUGGCCAACUGUUUUUAAGGAUGCUUAUGAGACUUACCGCACUUGUAAAGAGUGCCAGAUAGCAGGUACAAACAUCACUCGCAAGAGUGAAAUGCCUCAGCAGCCUAUGCUUUUCUGUGAGGUAUUUGAUGUAUGGGGAAUUGACUUCAUGGGUCCCUUUCCUGUAUCAUUUGGUUUUCUUUACAUUUUGCUUGCUGUUGAUUAUGUUUCAAAGUUUGGAAUACCGCGAGCUAUCAUCAGUGACCAAGGCACUCAUUUCUGUAACCGCACCAUGGAAGCUUUACUCCGGAAGUAUGGAGUUGUGCACAUAGUCUCUACUGCUUAUCACCCAUAA